GCCAACAUCCCUCAAUAUGCCCUGUUCGACGUCCUGCCUUUCCUUCGGCAGCGCACCGGACGGCGGAAGCGGAAGCGAUAGCUCCCACGUAACAGAGAAACACUAUGGCUGCUACAAGGCUGGCAUCCUGUUCGCACUGGCCAUAAUUCUUCUGCUACUAAUCGGCUGCGUUCCCGUGUUUGUCCUCACCGCCAACAACAACCUGAUCCUGCUGAUUCUCCUCGCGACCCUUGUCCUGAUCGGUCUGGCCACGUUCGCUUACUUCCGCUGGCAGCGCAACCGAGCCCUGGCGAUGCGCCGUACGUACGAGCAGCAAAAGUUCGCCCUAACACGGGUCCACCAACCGGCGGCGGUUCAGAAGGCAAACGGCGAAACGAUGGCAAAACAGGACACACUUUACGCCACCUACGGUCAGAAUGGCACAACGAAGAUGGCGUCGACGGGAGGACCGCCGGCGGGAAUCAAACUGGACCCAGCGGACGGUCAGGGAAAUUCCAAUUCACAGUCACAGAAGCACACGACGAGCCCUCCGCGGUAUUCGUUCAUCUGA